GAACUAUCACGGGUCUCUCUCUGUAUAUUGCACCAUUGCCAACUUUCAUUGACAUCUUCAAGAAGCGCUCUGCAGACAAACACUCAAGUGCUCCUUAUUUAUGCGGCCUGCUCAGCUCGUUCGUCUGGACCAUUUACGGAUCCCCAGCGGUGGCCAACGCGUUCAGCGUGUUUGUUAUAAGCAUCCUGGGGUUGCUGUUCAACGGAUCGUACUGUUUGAUCUUUUAUCUCUUUUCCACAGAACACAAGAGAUUUAUUGGUGCAGCCAUCACGAGCAUUGUGCUAUGUGCGGCCACGAUGGCAUCACUGGCUGUGUCAGUCAUACCUGCACCUGUUAGACCAUUGGUGUUUGGCCUUUCUGGGGACUGCACCAGCACUGCUUCCUUUGCUGCUCCCUUGACGGCCGUGGCACAAAUGAUUCAGACACGGAGUGUCGAGUUCUUUCCUAUCCAGCUUUGUGCUGUGUCGCUUGUCCAUACAAUUGUGUGGACGGCUUAUGGAGCGUCAACCUCUGACAUAUUUGUGGCGGCGCCAAACUUCCUCGCGCUCAUUCGCUCCCCGCGCUCACGCUCGCUCCCCCAGCGCGCAUUCGCUGCCCCCGCGCGCACUCUAUCCCCUCGCCCUCACUCGUUCCCGCGCGCACUAGCUCCCUCCGCGCGCACUCGAUCCCCCAGUGUGCAUUCGCCCCCCCCCCGCUCUCACUCGCUCCCAUCGCGCUCACUCGCUCCCUCCGCGCGCACUCGCUCCCCCAGCGCGCAUUCGAUUCCGCCGCGCGCACUUGCCCCCCCUGCACUCACUCGCUUCCCCCGCGCGCACUCGCUCCCUCCGCGCGCACUCGCUCCCUCUGCGCGCACUUGUUCCCUCCAUGCUCACUUUCUCCCCCCGCACUCACUCGCUCCCCCUGCGCUCACUCGCCUCCCCCGCACUCACUCACUCUCCCCGCGCUCACUCGCUCCCCCCCUGCGCACUCGCUCCCCCAGCUCACAUUCGCUCCCCCCGCGCUCACUCGCUCCCCCCCCGUGCACUCGCUCACCCUCUCCCAAACGCUUAGGUCUCCUCCUUCCCCUCUUACUAUCUCCUCCACCGCUUCUCCCGCCUUCUAACAGCUCGUCUUUCCCUCCCUGCAUCCCCUCCUUUCCCUCCCUGCAUCCCCUCAUUUCCCUCCCUGCAUCCCCUCCUUUCCCUCUCUGCAUCCCCUCCUUUCCCUCCCUGCAUCCCCUCCUUUCCCUCUCUGCAUCCCCUCCUUUUCCUCCCUGCAUCCCCUCCUUACCCCCCCUGCAUCCCCCUUGCUACCUAUCGUAUGCGUUGCCAGUGGUGCAGGCACUGGCAGGGCGUUUGGUGCGGCGAGUACGGGCGGUGGUAGGGCGUGUGCCCACCAGGGACCUGGCUGCUCAGGUGGGUAAUACGGUCAUUUCCCCCUCCCCAGUAGACGCUGGCGUAUGUGCUGCCAGUGGUGCAGGCCCUGGUGGGGCACGUGGUGUGAUGAGUCAGAGUGGUGGUUGUGUUGCCCACUUGAGACCUGGCUGUUCGGGUGGGUGUUAUGGCGUGAAGCACGCGUUUGACACCAUAGCGCUGGCUGUCGGCCUUGCAAUGGCUCUCGUCAUCGAAUCAUAG